CAAAUCGAUUUAAUUUUAAUGUGAGAAUGAAGGAGAGCGAUAGGACGCAAGGAGGAGAAUUGUAGCGGUUUAAAAUAUAAUGUUCUCGUGAGUGAUACGUCGUCGUAAAAGUCAACACGUACAUAACUUCAACUUUUGACAUCUGAUGGUUUAAUAGUGAUAUUAACAGUUAUAGCCUACUGAACCAUCUCUCCUGGUCCUUUGAUACUGACCUAAAAAAAUAUGAGUCAAGAUCCAGCUGCUGUUCCUAGACCUCUACCAGGCUACGUUCCUCCUCAACCAGGUUAUGGACCACCACAACCAGGUUAUGGACCACCACAACCAGGCUAUGGACCACCUCAACCAGGCUACGGACCACCUCAACCAGGCUACGGACCACCACAACCAGGCUAUGGACCACCUCAACCAGGCUAUGGACCUGCCCAGCCAGGCUAUGGAGCACAGCCAGUGAUUGGAGCUCAACCAGGCUCAGCUGUUGCUCAGUGGAUGGCUAAGCCAGAAGCAACAGCAAAUUGUCCCCCUGGACUUGAGUACCUGACCCAAGUGGACCAGAUACUGGUGCACCAAGUUGUUGAGCUUCUUGAAGCUUUCACCAAUUGGGAGACCGAGAAUCGCUACCAGCUUAAGAACAGUUUGGGCCAACAAGUUUACUAUGCGUUUGAAGAAUCUGAGACCUGUGAGCGCCAGUGCUGUGGACCAUCUCGUGGAUUUAUCAUGCACAUCGUUGAUAAUACUAACCAGGAAGUGAUGCGUGUAUCGCGUGAGUUCAAGUGCUGUGCUGGGUGUUGUUGGUGCGCUGACAUUGACUGCUGCGGUCUAGAAGUGGUUGUCGAGGCUCCUGUUGGACAAGUCGUUGGAUACGUUCGUCAAGUUGGUAGUGCUUGGAAACCUUCAUAUGAAAUAAUGGACUCGAACAGACAAUGUUUGCUGAAGAUUCUCGGACCAUGUUGUAUCUGUCAGGGAGUUUGCUGUACAUGGGACCAGGAGUUUAAGGUGUAUAAUCCUAAUGGAAUCGAAGAAGUCGGCAAGGUCUCAAAGCAGUGGAGUGGUUUUGUCAAGGAAAUGUACACCAACGCAGACAAUUUCGGAGUGGAAUUCCCAAUGGAUCUGGAUGUGAAAGUCAAAGCCACUAUGAUUGGAGCAGUUUUCCUCAUUGAUUUUAUGUUCUUUGAACAGCAGCAGAACAACAACAAUCACUAAUGUGGAUUGGCCAACAUGUUUCCAAGACAACCAUCUGAUUUGAUCCGAGAACAAUUCUUCAUCCCCAAUGAAAGACAUAAGAUCUCAACAAGGUCUUUCCAUCUCAUCUGAUUUUUUGCAAAUGCUGAGCACUGUUCCAUGACUGACCCAUUUCUUUCAAUUCUUUGUUGAUGGUACGCCUCCAUGUGGA